ACAGGGUGGGACUUAAAAUAGAAAGCAUCUGUGCAGAAACCAAUUCUCCAACAGACAGGAUCAAGAUGAUUUUCUUCUGCAUUUUAUUUGCAUUUGGUAAGUUAGUUCGCCCUUGGAAACAGUUUUCAAAGUAUCAUUGUCGUGUUGCAUUGGCAGGUAGGGCAUAUAAUUGAAAAACUGAGAGGCGAUCACUGCGUGCAAGUGAAGGAACCAUUGUUUGCAUUCGAAUUUGUCACUGUGAUAUUUUUCUCAUCCGUUUAAGUAAUAAUGUUGACUUCUUUACCGUCUUUUCGAUGAUUUCGUUAGUUUUGAUGGUUUCGUUUCUAGUUUUUCAAUCGAUUUUCUAGUUUUCUUUAGCAGAAGAUGUGUUAUGUUCGUCGCGCUGAAACGUGGGGGUUGCACUAAUGUUUUUACCUGUCUCGCUCGUUGCGUAUUUCACUCACACUGUUGGCAAAGUUCCUGUUGUCGAUCCACCAGAACUUCAACAUUUUUCUUUGUUGUUGAUAAACUUCCUCAGACCUUCCUUAGAGCGAUCGAGAUUUCGCAAAUCGGAGUAAUUCUUCUCCUUUGUUUUUGGCAACUGAUGUCGAAGGAACGAAUCUUAAACUCGCAUAUUUGAGAAUCGUUUCGCUCGUUUUUUACUUCAAUUUAUUGUAAACACGUAUGUACUUGAUUUUCUACAAAAUUUCAUUAUCUUGGUACCUUUGGAAAGCGUAGAGUAUCUUUUUUCCUAGUUUCCUUGGGCGUCAUUUCUUUCCGCGAAGAAUGAAAAUUAAAUAUGGCCUCUUAUACACCUCAUGGUGUAUUUCAUUACAGUCUGUGGCCCAGCAACAGUAAUUCAAAGAAACUCAAACCGCAGUUUUCCUCUCUCAGCCUCUUAGGAAAUAAGAAUCGAUGAAAUUAGAGGCUUUAUAGUUUUUCAAUGAAGAAUUCUCGUCUUACGAAGGGUCAUAUAUGCAGUGCUCACUUCCAAAAGGGGCACUUAAUCGUUCCAAAACAACGUACCAAUUGUAUUCACGGCAAAAGUAUCUUACCGAGGUGACAACAACCCGAGAAAGAUCCCUUGUUCGCCAUGAAGACGAGACAAUACUCGAAGAUAAAGAGGGAAACGAGCCAAUCUAUGCUGAGGAGAACUGAGUCAGUAUUGUUAAUUCAGUUAACUGAACUAGUCAAGUCGUCCGAAAGUCAUCUCUCCCAAAGUUCCUUCACCCGAAACUAAAUUUAUUUCACCCGAGAAUAUAGACCAGGUUUACAGACUUUAAUUUGGCAACAAAGUUGAGAAAUCUUUAUCAUUUAAGUUGCAGUUUCCGUUUCUGACAACAACUGACAACAACUGACAACAAAUCCACCGUUGUUCGCUUUUUAUGAAACCAAAGAACAGAAGGUUUGCAUCGAACGUGACCUUAACAUCGCGUGACCUAUGAAGACUUGAUCCACACAGUAAACAAUUAGAAUUCAUGAGAUAGAAUUAACUAAACAGUGGAACCGUCCGCGUUAGAGCGAAUAAAGAUAUUAUCAAAUUACUCACGAGUCAAAACUUGGCAAUUUUUUUUUCUUUCUUUUUUUAGUGCGACGCUUGCGCCUCUAUUGCUGGCUAAAAAAAAAAAAGCUCACUUGCGACCUCGGCCUAUCUUGGAUAUAUAUGUGUCACUUGUAAUUUUGUAUUUCACCGUGACCUUUGUUUGCAGUUUGACGUUUGGGUGUCAAGUCGUAUUUGUUUAGGAAAUAGCGUGAUUUCUAAAAUAAUUUUUUUAUGCAAAAUAGGUUAUUCUGGGAUCCGCCUAGCAACUGAUAACUGUAAGAGAAGAACUGAGUUCGUGCCUACAGUACGAUCGAGGCGUUGCCGAUGAAUUAUCUUUUUGGCACUUUCCAGCGUCCAAAUUGCAUGGCGAGCGUAACCUAAGACCCAUAAUCUGACCUCUCUUGUCAUAAUACGAAUGUUUUCUAGAUAAGGACACGCGCUAAUGUCAGCGUCACUUGCGUGCAUGCAUUUUCAAGGUUAAACCCUCGCGUGGAACUAACAACUCAUGUGUACUUCAAAGCGCACAAUGUACCCCAAAUGAAUUUCACAGAUUGACUCAAUCAUAGGAAUUUUUUUUACAAAGAAUAAUAAAGGAUCGACGCCGACCUGAAGCGUCGGCUUCACUUGCGUCGAGUCAAACAUUUUCUCUAGCCCCUCGCGAAACGUACAAAGCAAAUUUGCUGAUCCAUUCUAUUGAUAUACACAACUCGAAAGUGGUUGAAAAUUGAGAAGGGUAAAGUUUUGCUCUAAAUCCAUUUUUUUUCGAUUUUCAAACGCUAACAAAAAUGUGAUGAGGUCCACUCCGGAAGAUAACACCACAAACAACAGCAAGCUCUAACCGCGAUGGGAACACUCAUGGAUCGCAAAGCGCAGCAGAACUCGAGUUUAGUUUAGUUUUGUUUUGUUUUGUUUUCUUCUAAUAAUAUUGGCCUGUAAAUAAAUAUAUGACGAAGAUUUUUGUACCCAUCGCCUGCAGCACAUAAUUGGCUGAAUACUAAGGAAGAAAUAUACUUUAAAGCGAUCAAUACAGGAGUAAAAUCUCAGUAGUUUUUUUUUUUUUUUUUUUUUUUGUUAGAGUUUCCUGGCGCCCCGCUGUGAACACUGCUAAUUAAACGCAUUAGACUGCGAGAAAAUAAACAUAGACAAGUAAAAAAAGUACCAAACCUCUUUUACAAUCCAUGACCGACAUUAAAUCUCGUAUCUCAAGUUGAUUUUAAGCAAGGGAAGUUAUCACUGUUGAGAGUGGAGUUGGAAAUGUAAAUGCAAUGGAAUACGUUACGAGAAGAGGUAUUUUAUCGUUGUAAUUUUAUUCUUAAAUUCAUUUUUGCUUUUAAAUGAAACAUUCACGAGAAUUGAGGGCAGACACCACCAAGACAAAACCAAUAUCGACCGAAAAAUUACCAGACAGUUAGUCAACGAAAAGUGCACUUACUAUAUGGUGUUGAUUCAGUUCGAAAUGGUUGGUCAUCUCUACAGGAGAAUUAAUUUUUCUAGUGAAAACUAACAUGGGUUUUUCAUCAAGAUUUUUCAAGGUUAACGAAAAAUUAAAUCUGCAAAGGAAAAGAUAUGUUAAAUCAAGACAAGUAAAUUUAACCUUGUCGAGAUUCAUUCGUUUAUUACAAGAUAAAAAUGCGCAGUCUAAAAUGAAGCAACUCUCUGAGAAAAAAAAAUUAUAGGUUCUGCCUUCAGACAACAACAACCCAAAUAGGACUGACUACCCAAGAGAAGUAACCAGGUGAAAAAGACUGGUUCUUCCCUCACUGAGAUGAGACAGGUAAUUAAGGAUUAAUUACCCAGGAGAAUGGGUAAGAACAGGAGCCCAUUACUAAUGGCUCCUGGAAAGAAUUAACAAAAUAACGAGAGCAUGUUUAGGAUUCUGCUUUUGAAACUGCGAAACAGUACAAUAAAAUAAGUUUGAAAAUACACUAACCUGCCAAGAGCCCGUCAUCUUACAGGGAAGGAAUAUUUAAGGUGUGAUGUCAAGAUUCACACUGUAAUCAGUUAUUCUUGCUCAUGUUUGGUCCAACAGUUGGAUAAUACACCUUGUAAUUUUAAGCAUAUACCAUCUAACUACCAGAGAAAUAAGUCCUUUUCUUGCUUUGAAGGCACAGAAGCAAAGGGAAACCUUGCUUUGCUGAUAUAACGGUUUAGGCAUCAUUUCCUGCUCACGUUAUUAAGCGGUGCGAUUUAUCGCGCGUCAUCACAUAGCUCUAGACAGAAAUCACCAGGCACACAACUUUAACUUAUCGUCAAAUUAGUCAGAACAGCGAGUAGAGUUUCUUUCUCGCCAAGUAAUACACAGUUAAGACCUUACCUUGAGGAAAGAACUAUAGCCCCUUUUCGCAGAUACCGCCGAAUACACUCGUACUUUCGCACAGAAAUUUCGCAAAAUUAAGAUCCCGCGCUUACCUGAUGUUUGGGACAUAAUUAUUGGAAUUGAUAUUUCAUACUUAAAGAGCUCCUUAGUAUAGACGCCAGAAAUGUGUUAUCAAGAAAUCUACCCAAUCGGUUCAAGUGUUAAAUGAUACUCCUGCAUCUCUAGAAUCUAAUGCAGUCGAAAUCUGUCUCGAAAACAAGGUCCUUGCCGAGCGGUUCACCGGCCUCCCUGCUGACUCGGAGUCAAAGUUCUGAUCAGAGUGGAAUGGUUGUUAGCUAACACAAUUUAUUUUUGGCAUUGUCGUGGCAGAACAGAUAAUCGCUCUUAAUAAUAAUCGCCGAGCACAACAACUGUUGCUUGAUUUUCAAGUCACGCAGUUUAAACAGGCAAUUCCCAAAUGUCAUGACACGUUUGGGUUUAGCUGUGCCGUGCCUGUCGAUGAAUCAUUCUGCAAUGGUGAAAAUUUUCGUUCAUGCUAUGAUUGCGUAAUUAUUUCCAGAGAGAAAAUUGUGAGUCCUAAAUUUACGUAGCAAGCCACGGAGAUCCACGCGCUUGUUACAUUUUAAUUGUCAACUUAAAUUAAUUCACGUUCGAAGCCAAACACCUUUAUUGCAUUUACUAAUUAAGUGCUCUCGCUUUUCUUUAACAAGCCUAUGGAUCAUUUUACGCUUCCCUGGUGAAGAAUUUUUUCCUGAGCAAAGCUCGUCAUGAUUUUGCAGAAAAUUGUCCACUCUCGGGACUAAAAUCACUCAGCACACUUCUAUUCUAAUGCGACCUCUUGUUAGCGAAUCUUCUAAAACAUCAGAGACGCCGGUCUCACCAAUUUUCCCAAUCUCGAAAAAACAAAGCCAAAUCUGUCAACGGUUGAAAACAUUGUCCCCCAAUAUAGAAGGCAAGGUCACGAAAGAGAGCGCGAAAUCUCAUCAUUUAUACUGAAGUUUUCAUUGCGUGCAGAUCGAAGCUACAGCAAGGAAAGGCGAGAUUUUACCUUUCUUUACUACGGCGAUCAAAUGUAAAGGAGUGACUAGUAUUCCUUCCUUCACCACAUACACCCUCAUUUUAGCCUGUUGUGAGCGCCGAACAAAGAACGCGAGAGUCACUCGCCUUCCAGCUGUAGAAGCCAUCGAGCUAGUGCAAGUGCUUCCAGCCAGUCUCUAGAGUCUCCUUGCACAUCCACAAGCAGCUCUGGUGACUCUCCAGAUGCUGUUUCAGCUAUUAUAACGGAUCAGCAAGGAAAAAGGCUGGAGAUGGCGUGACACUCCGUCACAUUCAAGCAGUCUGGUGGUACUUCUGUUGAUGAAAGAAGGUCAGAAACAAAGAAUAGAUAGUAGCAGAAGAAAAGAGAAAGAAAGAGAAGAGAACACAAAAGGAAACUGGGUAGGACGAGAGCUCGGAAAGAGGAAAAAGAAGACGAGGAAAAGCAGAAGUUUAAAGUUGCUUUCUCGGAAAUGGAGAAACAGCGAAAAAAAAUCUGCUCAUUUAUGGCCAACUUUACUCGAGUACAAGAGCAGCAAGCGUACACCAUGAACGUGUUAAUAACAGUACUGACCCAAUAUUUGCAAAACGAUACAACUGAAAAUCAUUGUGGACCUCUAGGUGACAUCGAACAUUAAAUUUGAUAAACGUUAGUCAAAAUUUAACAAGAAUAAUAAUGAAACAUUUAUCAUUAAUGCGAUUAUACGUAUUUUUUUUAUUCUCAACGUUGAAAAAUUUUCUUGAUAAUUACAGUCAGUUUUGUUAUAUGCGAAAGUGAGUUUGUCUCUAAGGUACUGGUAAUGAUAACCUAUCAAAAUAAAAUUCAAAUUAAUAGACAGAAGACUGUUUAGCCUGAAACGAAGUGCAUUUGGCGGUUUAUUUCCAGGUAGGCCGUGGUCGUCAUCAUCUUCAUCAUCAUGUUCGUCCCAUGCAUCGUUAUUUCGCAGAAAAUACUGUGCAGUGCCGCACAGGUUAUGGCAGCUUUAAUGGUGAAUUUAAUUUUGCUAUCAAAGCGUUUUUGUAGAAUCCCCCAUCGAUUUUUCAUCAUGCUAAAUGCACAUUCCUCUUGUACUCUAGCAGAAGAGAAUUCCAUGUUGAAAACAAUUUCGUCUAGAUCUCUAGUUCCAUUUCGGGUAAGGUUUCAUCAGCCAAGGACUCAGAGGGUACGCAUUGUCCCCAACAAGGUAAGGGGUGAUUUCUCUACCUGCCAUUUUUACCGAAUUCGAAGGUGCGGUGAGAAUUUCCCCUUGCUUUACUCUUCUGAAAAUCGCACUUCCUCGCAAUACCCAAACAUUGCGCAUACUUCCAGGAGAUCCACAAGCGAAAUCCGGGAAAAUUUUGUUUCCUUUGACAACAGCUUGUAUCAUGAAAUCGUGCUGUUGGUACCGACUGAAGAAGUCAGCUGCACUGCCUGGUGGCGCUUUGAUCCUGACAUGGAAGCCGUCAAUUGCGCCUACAAUGUUAGGUAGCGAAGACAGUCCUUCAAAUGAUUGAAUUGAUGUGGUUAUAUCUACAAGGUUCUCAGGAAAUAAAUGCGGUCAUCCCAAAGUUCAUAAGGAGAGCCUACUGCAUCUUGCGCAGCUUCUAUGACGGCUGACUUUCCAAUAUUGAUGGUAGCUCUAUUAAUUCUAAGCCGCUGCCGGAAAAAAAAUCUCUGGAAUGGUGCAAUCAUAAUGUGUCUUAAACCACGAUCCGUUCAGACUUGUAAGCGACCAUACACAUGGCGCUCGUCGUGGUCGUGGCAGCGACGAUUUCGAGUUCGCAAAAAGACAGCCGCAAGAAGUAAUCUGUUGCGUUCAUUUACCUGCAAGCUAUUGAGGGUUAGGGUUUAAGUCUCAGAUCUCGGCAUAGCUGUAUUAACCUUCCUCCGUACUCGUUGACAUCACUCUGGUUAAUUAGUAGUCAACAAUUACUGUAUUUCAAUUGAAAAUUUUAAUUUGCAUUUUGUUUUUUGAUUUUACUUUUCUGAUUUGCUUUUUUACAGUUUUUGUCGUUGGAAACGAUGCCGCUCUUCCUAACGUGGGCUCUUGUACUUUCAUGGAGUACUUCUGUAGUGCUCGUAAAUGCAGUACUGCUUUUUACAAAGCUUUGCAGAAGGACUCAAAGGCAAACUGUGGGUAAGAACAUUUAAGAGUGAACGUUCUUAAGGGCAUAUGUAUACCAAAUACCGAACAGCUGAUUUUCCACAUAUUUGUUGCUGCUGUUUCUCAUUUACAGAGCUUCAUUGCCAGGUCGGAUUUGUUUCUGUAGUUUCUAAUUGUCUUUACUCCUGUCUUUCCUUCGCCAUCCUGAUUUCUUUUAGUUGGUGAUUGCCGUUAGUUUUUCAGUUUAUCUCCACCUAAUUUUCUUUUCUUUUUUUCAAAUAAAAACCAAUAUUUUUUCUAAGAGGGCACGGUAACGAUUCCUGCAAUCUGAUUGGCUUUUAGCUCGGUCCGUAUUUUCCUAUCUCUGCCCACGGGCACGAUAACGCUUACGUGAGUCGCCGAGAACAUCCCUAGCUUUGUUGCCAUUUUUCACAAAUAAAUCUCGUUUUUCCGGCCGGGCAGUAUUUUUAAAUAAAGACGUCGGUGACUACCUCAAGUCAAUAAAGAAUAUAUUAAUCUUCUCUUUUCUCACGCUCGAAUCACUUUGGUUGACAGAAAAAUACUACCGGUUUCGAAAUAAUUUGUAUUCGCAAAAGUGUCAUUAAAUUGGUUGACAAGCAACCUAAAAACCGUCUAUAAUUAAUUUCAAUCCUCCGAAAAAGUACCUAGAAAGUUAAGACGUGAAGUAUUUGGUUACAAGUGAAUUAAUUGAUGGAACUUUCAUUCAUUUAAUAUCUAUCUUUAUAAAAUAAUUCAAAUAGUACGCGCGCUCUGAUUGGCCAUAAAACCAUUUUACAUGAGCGUAUGUAAAACGGUUUUCGUUCCUCUUUCAUUAGUUAUUUUAUGAAAGAAAUGCAAAAUGGUUUCCAUUUUUAAUAUUGGUUCGGCUGUCUGACCACAGUGGUUUAUAUCUUGUUCGUUUUACAGUGUGGAGCUUAGCAAACUGAAGAAUUGUAUUGCCGAAGUGAUGAAGAACUGUGCUGGAGAUUUAAUGACCGAAAGCCAGAUCAGAGAUAUCAUUGAUAAGACCGUAACGGAAGAACAGCAGUGUCUGGAUGGUUCUAUGGAAAUUCCAACUAUGCCGCCAAGCGGAUCGAUUUGUUCAGCAUCAUUUAGCAGUAAUGCAGAAACUUGCGUUCGAUCUUUUCACCAAAUGUUUGCCAAGGACAAAUCAGAUCCCGCUCUUUGCUCGUAAGUUUAACUAAUAUGCGUCCACAGUCUUUAAUUAAAGGGCGGGGGGAGAAGGGAAGGGAGGGGUGUGGACUAAAGGAGCUCGAUACUCGUUCUUGCAGCUUUAUUAAGGUUUUGAGAUACACUAUGAUCGCACCAUCCCAGAAAUAUAUUUAAAGUAGGCUAAAAAAGGCGUGUGGAGGGUUAUGGGCACUCUAAGACCCCCACCCCUUUUCCCUCCCAACUACGCCCUUUGACCUGGAUAAAUACCAGGAGCCCUUUAUGAUGGCUCCUGGUAUUUAUAAAUGCUAAUCACAUAUUUAACCCGCUGGUGAUUUAAUUAAUAGUGUCUCCCUUAGUAUGCUCAAGAACACAACGCGAUUACUAGGACGGGGCCUAGUGAACGCUUUUCUCUCUCCAAUUAGUAUGCAACAAUGUACUCUUUAGAGGACUUUAAUUUUUUUUUUUUUUCUAUAAUAAGUUUUUUUUAAAUUUUUUUUUUUUUUUAAUGAACGUUGUUAAUUUUUUUUUUUCCAGGCAAUAUGCUACAUCAAAGAGGUGUUUAAAGAACCUGGUCGAUUCUGACUGCAACUUCCCCGCCCUGGCCAAGGAAGUGUUGGAAUUGGGUUACGGUGACUACAAUCCUUUUUGCGCAAACAAUCGGGACCCUGGGGCGACCGGAAAUGAUCAGUGCUAUGGCGUGCGGGAUAAGAGCGGUGAUGCAUUGAAAUAUUUCAAUGCAGCCGCUGGAAUCAAGUCCAGUGUGCUGCAGACGCUGGUGUUUGCUUCCUUUUUGUUUUUUUUCUUUUUUAAAGUUUAAAAGGCUUUAGCCCCUUGUUUGUCUUGAGUUACAGAAUAGUUUCUAGACUUAAAAAUUUUAAGAUGAAAUUUGACACUUGUAAGAGGCGUGUUUCGGUAACUCGUUUCCGUUUUUUUUGUUUGUUUGUUUGUUUGUUUGUUUUUAUAUUGGUUUGUUUUCUUUCGUUCGUCGAGGAAUACAUCGUCCUUUAUAGUCGAGGUUCUAGCAUGACAAAUAUCACAGAUAAUGUUUGCUUAGCUAAUUUUCAUAAUGUUGAUGUCACAAUAAACUUAGCUAUAGAAAAGGGAGCCAAAAGCGUACACUUCCCUCGCAUCAAAAUCGCAAAAAAAAAACAAAAAAAACAAAAAAAAAACAAUUUCUGAUAAAACUGUAGCGGAAAAGUCGUUUACCCGUCUCGUUUUUCGGACUUCCAAAAACCCUUCGCCACAUAUUUCCUUUGCCACACAGCGAUUCCCAUAGUUCGUGAGCGUAUAAAAGGACCUCUUGUUGCGGCGUUUAGAUCACCUCUAAUGAAGGCACUAGACAGGAGUGUCGAAACGUUGGGUCUAUGAAUUGUAACUUCUCGGUUACAUUCAUUAAAUCUGAAAGCUAGAGUAGCUUCAAAGCAUGUCCGAACAGGAUCAAGAUGAUUUCCUUCAACAUUUUAUUGCCUUUGGCAAGUUAAUUCGCAUUUAGAAUCAAUUCUCAGUGUAUUAUUGCUGUGUUGUGUUUUGGGUGCAAAGCAUUCGCAGGUUGGGAGUAUAAUUUAAACAAGUAAAAUGUUUGUAUCGUUUAAUAAAAAAUAAUAACCUCAAAUCAUGUUUCCGAACUGCCGAAAAUGCAACUUAACCCGUAGUGGGUUCAUUUCAACACGGAAGAGCGGCCAAGAUAGACUUGGUACAAAAUACAGACUGAG